AUUUAAAAUAGAACGUUGCAUUAAGUUACAAUACGGUUUAAAAUACUGAUAACUUUUACUUUUCUUGUUUUAUAUAUUUUAAUUUUAAAUUUUGAAGUUCUUUAAAGAAAUUCUUAUCGAUCGCUGUUGACGCAAAUCAAUUAUUGCUAAGUUAAGCUGUAUAAAAUAAAUGGAAACUUCUUUAUUUAUCAACGAGCACCAGCCAAACUCGUGGAAGGAUGUAAACAGUUCUUUAUACGAAGGAUUAGAGUUUAUUGCAAGAAAUAAACAGCAGCAUCUUCAGUUCACGAAAGUGGUAAAUUGCUCGCUCAGUGAAUCAAAAGACAACAAAAAUGUAGAUGCUACGAUCCCCACCCUUAUGGAAAAGGAAAUAUUUGAACAACCUCAAAGCAUUCAACAAUCAAUGUUAGGAAGAGUUGAUUUUGAUAACUUUAAAAUUCAUCUGAAUGGCAUUGAAACUUUUUUAAAUGAUCUGCUUCGGUGUCGUAGAAUAAUUUUAGUUGGUGCUGGAUCAAGUUUUCACGUGGCGUUGGCUUGUAGACAAUUAAUGGAGGAACUUUUAGAUCUACCCGUUUUUGUAGAAACAAGUAGUGAUUUAUUAGAUAGAGAAGUGCCUAUUUUUCGCGACGAUGUCUGCAUUUUUAUCAGUCAAUCUGGCGAAACUAGCGAUGUAUUAAAUGCAUGCAAGUAUUGUAAAAAGAAAGAAGCUUUACUAAUGGGUAUAACAAACGAGGAGAACAGCACCUUAUCUGCUGAAACCCAUUUUGGUAUUAAUCUAAAUGCAGGUAAUGAAGUUGGUGUUACCAGUACCAAAACGUAUACGAGUCAAUUUAUUGUACUUACUAUGUUUUCGUUAAAAAUGGCAGAAGAUAAAAGAUCAAAACAAAAACGCGUUCAAGAAAUUAUUUCCGAAAUGAAAACAAUACCCGACAAAGUUAUAACUGUUUUAAAACUAAAUAACUAUUUAAAAGAUUUAGCACAAAAAUACGUCAAUUGUAAAAGUUUAUUGGUAAUGGGGAGGGGUUUUCAACAAGCAACUUGUCUAGAAGGGUCUUUUAAAUUUAAAGAAGUUGUAAAUAUUCAUUCAGAAGGAAUUCAUUCUGGUGAACUGAAGCAUGGUCCACUGGCACUAAUCGAUGAAAACAUGCCUAUUAUAAUGAUUAUAAUGCGAGAUGCGAUAUACGAGAAAUGUAUUAACGCGUUUCAACAAGUAAAAGCAAGAGGAGGGAAACCAAUUGUUAUAUGCGAAGAAGAUGACGAAACAACAAAAAACAUGGUGGAUAUUUCAAUAUGCAUACCAAAAACGUCAGAUUGUUUAAUGGGAAUUUUAGCAAUAAUCCCUUUCCAAUUAUUAUCAUUACAUUUAGCAGUUUUAAAAGGUAAAAAUGCUGACGAACCACAACACUUAAAGAAAACAAUAACAGACGAUGCAUAGAAAUCCAUUUGCAAUUGACAUGAAUUAAUUCUUGUUUAUUUUUAUCAAUUUUUAUGAACAAUUUAUAUAAUUUUUAAUUUAUAUUUUUUAAACUUAUUGGAUGAAACACAAAUAACGCAUAUUUAUUAACAAACCUAAAUAACAUCUUCAUUUUAAUUAACACGUAAUAAUUUUCAUUUUUGUAUUAUUUAUAAAGAUUUGUCAAAGUUUAAAUAGUUAAA